AUGAGUGCUACCCUGAUGACGGAGGAACCCACACUCGAACGAGAACAUUUACUAUUACAACAACAACAACAAGAUCAAAAGAAGAGACGUACGGCAUUAGAUCGAGAUCAGGAAUACGAAAGACUUUUAGAAAAUGAUGCUAUUGCGGAAGUACUUAUGCAUAAUAUAAGUUCCCGUGAAGGACGUAUUAUGCAAUUGGAUGCCUUUGUUGCCAUGCAGCGGAAAAUCCCACAGCGAAGUGAAAGUUCUCAUGCCCUUCUGGUCUCUGGCAAUGUACUCACAAUGGCUGUGAUGGCCUCUCAACUCGCCAUGCAUAGAUGGAAGGUCUCGGAGGCCCAAACCCUCACACAGGCAACCGCCAUUCUGCAGGAACAAAUUACAAGAGCCCAGAAGGGUGGAUACGUCGUGGGGCGUAAAGUAGAGGAAACAACAUCGGAAACACGAAAGACAUUUCCAUCGCAUUCCAUCACCACUACAGUAACAACAAAUCUCUCGGCUGCGGAACAACAAUCCCAACAAGAGCGAGAGCAGUUGGCAGAUCAAAAAGGUGGACCUGCAGCAUCCCGUACAUCCGGGGUAACCUCCACGAUAGUUCCAUCAACAACAAAGACAACAGAGUGUGAUCCUCCAAGUCCUUGUUCAUCUGUCUGUAGUGCAGAUCUAGACGGUGCAUUGCAGAAAGCUCCACCAUCUGAUAUGUUAGCACGUCUCGUUAUUGUGGAUACUUUCACACAUGAACCAUUCAGUGAUAUUGUAGAUCACCUUCGCUUCUUUGACCGUGAAUAUGGACUGAAUCUUAUUAUUGUAUUACUCCUUUAUGACAGUUACACCAAUCGUACUUCUGGUAUGUUAGUAUUACCGCAACAUAGUGCCUCCUUAGAGGAAGCAUAUGGGUUUGGAUGUGAUUUGGUGUUGCGUCGCUGCUUUGAUCACAAAGUGGUAAACUUCUGUACAGAAUUAUUUAUGUCCGCCACAGCACGAUGGCGUAAUGAUGUGCGUCGUAAGGCGGCUGUAGGCAAUUACCGUAGUGUACGACACCUAUUGCUUGAGCAGAAUGAUAUGGGUAGUGGUAACCGUAAUUACAACAAUAUAUUAUUAGAUGAUACCUAUGAUGAUAUGGAUACUAGGAGUAAUGCUGAAAAUGGGAGUGCAAACCUUAAUGAGACACUGACACUUCAACAACAACAACAAGGGAGACCAUCCCCCACUCCCUCUUCUUUAUCUUCACGAAUGCAAAGUCGUCGUGGUCGUGCAGAUCAACGUUAUGUCUUUGAUGAAAGUAUUGGAUAUAAAUAUGAAGGUGUUGGGGUUGCACUUUCUCCACGUCUUGCUUGUUUAGCACCUCCAUCCCCAAUGAAUAUGCAUGGUGUACGUAUGACUGCUGGUGGUGAACAGGAACAACAACAACAAUUGGCAUCCCUCUCCGUAGCGAGAGAUACUUUGGCUGGAAUCAUGCGACCUGCACAAACUGUAAAACGUGCUGUGCGUCGUAAAGUUAAUUUCAAUGGAAACUAUACAGGAUCAGAUUAUCGCAAAGGUAUGAUGAAUGAUGAAAACGAUAUGGAGAAUGAAGUCUAUGAAGAUGUACUUGUGGAUGAGGCAGAUGAAGUGCAAUCGGCGGCUAUAGCGGCAUGUCAACGUGAAAUUGCACGAUUGGUAUCGGAACUUGAGCGAAAUGAACGUAUUCUUGCUUUUCUGCGAGAAGAAGUUGCACAAACAAGAGAGGAAACACCAAAUACACAACAACAGCAACAACAACAACAACCAAAUCAACAAGGCCAGCAUAAUCACAGAUUUGGUAGUACACGUGCCUCCUUCUUAUCUCUCUCUGGUAAGUACGAUGAUGGAUUUAAUCAACAUGUCUCACUUAGCAAAGAACAGCAGAUAUUUGUAUUAAAACAACGAUUACUGGAGGCAGCAGAGAAACUCGCAGGGUACGAAUCUGUGCAACGACGACCAUCAUACAGACGCCAACAACAACAAGAUCAAUUAAAUAAUAGAUUUAAUGGAAGUAUUGGAAGACGAGGCCUUUCGGGUUUACUCACUUUACAAGGUUCAUAUGGAUCCAUAGACACAGAUGACUCCACACGACCCACCGAGUUGUUUGAAGCCACUUUUACACAACAACAACAACAAGAUGUGGGAACUCAUGGAGAUAAUAAUUCCGCUGCAGUCGACGGGGAUACGCAGAACGCUAAUUUCGCAGGAGUGGCCGACUCUGUGAUUGCGGGAUUACGAAGUGAGAUUGCCCUUUUAAAACAGCGUUGUUUCCAACAACAAGAUGACAGCCGUGCUUCAUCGAGAAGAAGUAAUUGGGAGUUUGGUCGCCUUUCAGAGAGAAAUUCCCGCCUGGAGGAGCGACUGGCAGACGCGGUGAGUAUGAUUGCAUUGCAGAAACGUCGUAUUGUUCAACUUGAGGAGGUGAUGCGAUUAGAAAAGGGACAGAAGAAAGCGGCGAAGGGCGGCGGUGGGAAGCGAAAGAAGAAAAAGUAUGCACCGAGUGUUGUUGCUAGUGUGGCUAGUACGGCUGCUACGACGGUGGAGAAUAAAAGCAAUGAGAGUAAGAAAAAGAAUAAUAAUAAUAAUAAAGGCAAGAAACAGGGAAUAGCAAGUGGAGAUGGGAUGUCAACAGUCUCUGAGGAAACACAAGGUCCUGCAACUGUAAAUAGUACAAAUACGAGUGGAAGUAAAACCAAGAACAGUAGUAAGACUAAUACUACUACUACUACUACUACUACUACUACUACUACUACUACUAAUACUACUUCAGAAGUAAAGGGAGGUGCGAAUGGGAAGAAAAAAGGAGAUGUGCAGGUGGGUAAACGGUACAGUAAUACUACAGCAGCGACAAGCAAUGAAAACGAAAAGAAGAAUGAAGAAAAUAUGAAGAUUCAAAAAAUGAUCACCACUAAGAGUGCAAAUGCCCUUAUGCAACGAUUGGAUCAAUUAUUUGGAAAGGUACGUGCCGCUGUAGAACGUAGUGAUGAUGUUACUGCAGAAGAAGCCCGUGAAGAGGCUCGUAAAGUAGGUCAAGUGUAUGCAACGCAUGUACGAAAACUGAUGGAUAUUAACAAAUCACUGGGUGUGGAAAAUGAUCCAACUCUAUUUGGUUACACUGAGGAUACCAACAAUAGUAGUAGUAGUAAUAAUAAUAAUAAUAAUAAUAAUAGUAUUAUUAAUAAUAAUACGAUUAUUGGUAACAUUAGCGGCAGUAUUAGUACUAGUGUUGGUAAUAAUAAAUCCAUAGAAAAACUACAAGAAGAACAUAAAGCUACACUUGCUGUUGCUGAGAAAUUUCUUGCAAGCGGUGAAAACUGUGAAUCCUACGCACAGGCGGUAGUUCGUUUAUAUUCAGUAGAAGAAGAGAUGGAACGACAAAUACAGGCGGAGAUCACAACUCAAGCCUCCACAGAGACUGUAGAGAGUGUGUUAUUUCCACAGAGUACUAGUGAAGGGGCGGCAACGGGUAUAGAUAUAACCGAUAGUGAGGCAUCUAUUAAUGAAUCCAAUACAGCAACAUCAAAGGAAUCCUUUCAUCCUCAUGAUCAUCAACGUCAUCCUACUUUAAGUGUUCAACAUCAGAAACAACAACAAGAAGAAGAAAAAGAAGAAGAACAUAAACCUUUAAUAGAUAUUGCUUCUUGUGCAAGUUCAGUACAUGCAACUCCAGCCGUGAUGCUUUGUCGUGCGGCACUACAAGAACUUUAUCCCAUGAAAAAAGAACAUCAGCAAAAGAUUGAAGAAGAACUCAUGGCGUUAAGUAAUACGGGCAUUAAUAAAGCGAAAAAAGUUAGUCAUUAUAAUGAUAAUGAUGAUCAGAACUCAAAUUCUCUUGAUUCACUCUAUCUAAGUCAUCAUCAAACACUUGUGCAACUUCUUAAUACUCUGAGUGAAUUUCAUCCAGUAUUACAACCGAUACUACAGUAUGAGACGAGAGAACUUGAGGAACAAAUUGCAAAGGAAAUGUCUGGUGAAAAGAAGAAAGAAGGAGAAGUGAAUGCUCGAUUUUUAAUGGCUAUUGAUACCUCACUUCUUGCUCGUUUAAUACUACAACUCACCCAAUAUGCAGAGAAAUAUCCCAUGAGUAAACACCGACACGCACGUCGACAUCGACAUUCUCCUGAUGAUGAAUAUAAUGAUACGGAUGAUGAAGAGGAUGAGGAUAGUAGUAGUAGUAGUAGUGGUGGUGAUGGUAAGAGGAAGAAGAAUAGUCAACGGGACACCUCCCUUUCAGACCUUCUUCAUCACCGCAGUGGCAAAUAUAAGAAGAAGCAUAGUUCAUAUAAUGAUAUCCUUUAUGGUGAUGAUGAUGAUGCACUCACAGAUGAGGAAGUUGCGAGACUUCUAAGCAAUGAGACAGUAGAUGUGGGUGAGAUUCCACAACGAAUCCUUGAUCUUCUUAUGGAAGGAGAAGCUGAGAAUAUACCAAAUGAAGAUACCACUGAUUCCCAAGAUCGUGUACGUAAAGCAUUAGCGAAUGUUAGUCAACAGCGACAAUAUCACUUGGAUGAAUUGAUGGCAAACUUACGUCAACGCAAAAGAGAAAUGCUGCAGGCAAGGAGGAGAAAAAUGGCAGAAUCUGAGAGAUUAAGAAUGAAUAAUUGUAGUACUACUAGUAGUAAUAUUAAUAGCACAACCGAUGACGAUAAGGAUUCCUCUGAUGAUGAUAAUGCUAAAGGCGGUGAUUACACUUCACUGCGACGUGUACUUUCCCCUUCUAUUUACCGCUGUACAGUUCCUCCAAACAAACGACACGCCAUUCUACGCCGACGACAUCUACCAGGACAAACCGUAUUCGGUGCAGAUGUACACGGCGAUGUAUCCGCAGAAGUCUCUAAACGAUUGGCUUAUCUCAGGUUGAAUGAAGACCUCCUCGCACUGGCAGAAGAAAACAUGGAUGGAGAUGGACUUCCACCUGUAUUACCACGCGGUCUCAGCCGCGCCCAACUCCAACAACUUCAACAAAUACAACUCCAACGUGGUAAUAGCAUCGCGGACUAUCUAAAUCCAGACGGAUCCCCACGACCACUACCUAUACCAAGAUACGGACCACAACCACCACCAAAGGCACAACCAUCAAAAGAAGAUCAGGACGAAGAAGAUGAUGAAGACGAUGAGGAUGAUAUUGGAAGGCGUGUGUACAUCUCAUCUGAGCCUCCCCCACCUAAGCCUCGAAUGACGGCGAGUGCAGCAGCCGCAGUGGAACGAACGCCAUUUACACCGGAAGAACUCGCCGCUCGUGUCUUGGCGUAUCGACUCGCUGUGGCCCGUGAACGCGGCGGUCACCGUCUCGCGCUGGACCCCACUGUUCACCCCACCUUCGCCAUUCCCGUCGCCGCCGCGACUCUCCCACCGGCCGGCGGGCCCAACGGCUCUCACGACAACACCCACCGCCCCACACCGCCGCGGGGAGGAGUCUCCGCAUACACCACGUGGGUCUACGGCGUGCCCGGCGAUCACAUCUUCCCAAUGCUGCGCGGCGCCCAACCGGCCCACAGCGACGCGGUGCUUUUCUUGCCAGCCCAAACCCAAACAGAGUACGCGGCGGCAGCGGGAGUGGAGAGCACACUGAGACGACGGAGGGGGAGAAGUGGACUGGAGCAGAGUAUGGGGAAUCCCUUUGUGCGGCGUAUGUUGGCUCAUGUGGAUGUGUUCACAUCCCCCGCCGCUUUGGCCGCCCAGCGACUCAACGCCCAACUGCAGAUGUCCAUGGCGAAUUGGGGUCUCGGCGUUGUGGGCCGCUCCAUCAGCCCAGUGAUGCGCAGACCACGACAAUCCCAAUCCCAAACACAACAACCACGACAACCACGACAGUCCCAACAACCACAAUCACAACCACAACAAUCCCAAAAACCACAACAGCCAUCAGAUGUACAACAAGGUAAAUCACAGUGA